CGCCAGCGGGGAGCGGGCGGGGCGAGCGCCGGGCUGAAAGGCGGUGGCGGGCGGGGCGGCAGCUCCAGCCCCGGCAGCAGGAGCUCCAGCAGCAGCGCCCGGGGCGGUGCGGGAGCAGCAGCUCCAUCGGCUCCCGGUGCAGUGUGGGAGCAGCAGCUCCAUCAGCGCCCGGUGCGGGAGCAGCCGCCGCAGUUCAGGAUCCCCGCCGCGGCACUCCAUUCUCGGGGAUGGCGGUGCUGGCGCUGGCGCUGGAGGGACUCGCCAUCUUCGGGCUCGUCCUCUUCGUGGUCCUCUGGCUCAUGCACUUCAUGUCCAUCAUCUACACACGCCUUCAUCUCAAUAAGAAAGCCACAGACAAACAGCCAUAUAGCAAGCUUCCUGGUGUUUCACUUCUAAAGCCGUUAAAAGGUGUGGAUCCUAACCUCAUUAACAACUUAGAAACCUUCUUUGAACUGGAUUAUCCAAAGUAUGAAGUACUUCUCUGUGUACAAGAUCAUGAUGAUCCAGCUAUUGAUGUGUGCAAAAAGCUCCUUGGCAAAUACCCGAAUGUUGAUGCUAGACUGUUCAUAGGUGGCAAGAAGGUUGGCAUCAACCCCAAGAUUAACAACUUAAUGCCUGGCUAUGAAGUUGCCAAAUAUGAUCUCAUAUGGAUUUGUGAUAGUGGAAUCAGAGUGACGCCAGACACACUGACAGAUAUGGCAAAUCAAAUGACUGAAAAAGUAGGGUUGGUCCAUGGGCUUCCUUAUGUUGCAGACAGACAAGGUUUUGCUGCUACUCUUGAACAGGUUUAUUUUGGAACUUCGCAUCCCAGGUCAUAUAUUUCAGCCAACUUAACUGGCUUUAAGUGUGUAACAGGAAUGUCAUGCCUGAUGAGGAAGGAUGUCUUGGACCAAGCUGGAGGACUGAUAGCUUUUGCACAGUAUAUUGCUGAAGAUUACUUUAUGGCCAAAGCUAUAGCUGACCGGGGCUGGAAAUUUGCGAUGGCUACACAAGUUGCAAUGCAAAACUCUGGUUCAUAUUCAAUUUCUCAGUUUCAGUCCAGAAUGAUCAGGUGGGCAAAACUGCGAAUUAAUAUGCUGCCUGCAACGAUAAUUUGUGAGCCAAUCUCCGAGUGUUUUGUUGCAAGCUUAGUUAUUGGAUGGGCAGCUCAUCAUGUGUUUAGAUGGGAUAUAAUGGUGUUUUUCAUGUGUCACUGCUUGGCGUGGUUUAUAUUUGACUAUAUUCAACUAAAAGGUGUUCAGGGAGAUGACAGGUCAAAGCUGCUGCUACUUGGACUUCCAGCUUCAGUUACAGUAACGCAAAAAGGAGGUGGUGCUCUGUGUUUUUCAAAACUUGAUUAUGCGGUAGCUUGGUUCAUCAGAGAAUCUAUGACGAUUUAUAUUUUCCUAUCUGCUUUGUGGGACCCCACUAUUAGCUGGAGGACAGGACGCUACAGAUUACGUUGUGGAGGCACUGCAGAAGAAAUUCUUGAUGUAUAGCCACAGCUUUGUAACAGUGAAUGUUAAAAAGGAGGGAUGGAGGAAAAGUAUCAUAAAUUGUUUAUAUAAAUACUUUUAAGAAAAUCUACCUUCAGUAGUUUUAUUACUUGUUUGUUUUGGUAUCUGUUCUUUAAUUUAUUUUUGCAUGGCACUUGCAUCUGUGAAAAUACAUCUGUAAUCUUGGCCAAAUGGUACCUUGCUCCUAUGUACAAAUAGAAAUGGAGAGAAUUGGUCCUGACAUCUACUUUCUGUAAGAAUGCUCUGCAGUAAACUUUUCUUUUUUAAAAAGUAUCCUCCUGGAUAUGAACAGCUUCUUACUCCAUGGUGUGCUAGCCUAGCAAAUCCAGGGUUCACGUAGCUGUUUUCCAGAUGGAUUGUGCAAGGCUGUACCUAGUAAAAUCAGAAGUACGGCUGAUUUCUGUUUUAUCCCACUAAAUUGAACUAGUAACACGACCUUGGGAAAGAAGCUCUUAAAUGCUUUAUGCCUACCUCUUGUAGUUACUGCAGAACAAAAUGAAUGGAAAGGUAAAAAUGCUUUGCAAAAACAAACUAAAGUAAAGCUGGAGUCUUCUGUUUAUAUGUAUAUAGGAAAUACUUCAGUCAUUGCAAUGAACCAAAAGUGGACUGAGUUUGAUAGAAUACGUUGGAAGAAAAUACUAGUCAGGCAUGUAUUGUGGGCAUCUUUUGGCCAAUUCUGAUCUGGUUCUGUCUCGAACCUUGUUUAGCACUGUGCUGUACCUAGCCAAGCUGGUCCCCUUCAGUAUUUCCAUCCUUUUUAAGGGGUGUCUUGUUUUUCCCUGUGAGUGAAUGCUUUGAUAAGGGGAUGUCUGUGUAUGUGUGUGAGGGGAUAUAGUAGGGGAUAGAAGGGAGCAGAAAUAAAUUUCAAACAUUUCACAUAUGAGCUAUUUUCUUACAAUGUCUUAAGAAUGUAAUUUCAUGAUGCAGAUAUUUACUAACUUUUUAAAGUGAACAUACAUACCUAUACUAGUCAUUAUAAUGAAGUAUUCAAUUGCAGUAGGUAUUGUGAAUAUAUAAAGGGCCAGGUGAGUUUGCCGUUACUAUUUAAAAUUGUAAUCUUCAUUUAAAUAUCAAACUAAGUCUACUCUUGGCUUUUUGCCUUCUACUGUUAGUCUAGCCUUUAAAUUGGACUUUUGUAUUCCUGUGGUAUGAAUAAAAACUAGAUUGUAAUGCAUGCCGUGUUUCCCCCCCUCCUCUGCUCCCUGUAGCUCUGUUUCCAACCUCGUUGUAAGACUUCCUAAUUUGUGGUGAACUGGACUUGUUUUCUUUGAAGGCUUUUUUGUUAAAACACAGCAAAGCUAGAGAAGGAUGUUGCAUUAGCCUUUCGUUUUCAUAAAUGUAUUUAUGCUGCUUUAUUUUUCUGCUGAUGGAAUAGCAUAUUGUCACCGUGAAUCUGAGCUGCUAAUUACAAGGCUAAUGCCAACAAAGCAGCUUUAAAAGUUGGAUUAUAAAGUGUAGCGUAUUAGCAAUAAUGCCAUGUAUUUAUGAAAAUGGACAUUUUUACCUUACUGAGCCAUUCCUCUACCUGUCAUAUGCUACACAAGUGUAAUGUGUAUGUAUGUGUUGUAAAACAUAUUCUGGGCCAAAAUGCUUUAUCCACCUUUAUCUCUUUUUGCCUUAUGAUACUGUGGAACUCCUUUUAAUGGGCAUUUCUGUAUGAACAAAGGCUUUUGAUGCAUGCUUCAUUCUUUUCACGUGAAUCGGGAAGAAGUGCUUCUCCUGAGGAAGGCUGCAUACUGAAAACUAGUCUAGUUGUGACCCACAAACAUUCUGGUUUUAAUAUUGUUUUUUACAUAGUUGGAUUUUGCUGACAAUAUUUGUAUCUUUGUUUCAUGAAGUUUGAUGCCAGUCAUUGCACUGCUAAAGUGAAGCUUAGCUUGGAACUUAGCUGUAUGCUGAUUUCUAUGCAGGCAAUGGAACAGAACUGAAAAAAAGGCUGAACAGACUUCAUUUGAAAAACUAGAUGGGGAUAAUGGCUUAACAGGUGCCAUCUUUGGUCACAAAAAAUUAAGCUUCACUUAAGCUGAUAGUUUCAUUUAGAUAUUGUUGAGUUGAUUAUGAAUUUGAAACCAACUGUCAAAUGUUGUAGGAGAUGCUGCAACAGAACUUCUAAAAGCUAAAAAUGGCUAAUGUAAAGUUGUAUUGAUCUAUAGUUGUGUAGAAUAUACCAUGUUAAUUUAAAAUCAUUGUCUUGUUUUUUCUUUUAUUUAAAAAUAAAUUUUGAAUACAAUCUGUUUGGAAUACAGGGGUUUCCUGCCCUUUGUUCACUGAUGCUGUAACAUGACAGCUUCAAGCAUUUAUGGUAGCUUUACUAGAUUUGAUUCCUAAUUGACCUUCAUAGCAAUAAAUGGGUGUGCCUUUCUUUUGGGUUUUUUAUGCCUGGACCAUCUGAUUUGGAUUUUGUAUUUUGCUGAUAUUAACUCACAUAUGCAUAAUCUGAUUUUAAGUUAUCAUUAGUUUUUUGGAAUAACUUCAGUGUUUAAAAACUUCACGACUGAACACACUGUUGUAUCUAGUCACCCUAGAUUCAUAUUUUAGAGAUAUUUAUCUUUGCCAAAAAACAUGUUAAAACUGAGGAGGGGUGUUCAUACUUUGCUUUGAGGUGUUCAAUGAAGAAAACGCUCUGUGCUUGGUCUGUUAUCUGACUGUGCAUUUUCUUCUCUUAACAGUUAUUAAGGUCUAAGCUUAAUAAGAGACUGUGUGUGAUAGUUGGAAUCUGGAAGGCAUGGCAGAAACACCACUGAAAUAACUUGAGAAUUAGUUACAGAAACUUAAAUAAUCCUGAGUGUGUUUUGUGCUCAGUACAUUUGCAGACACGGAGAACAAGACCCUAGUUGCCUUUCCUGAGUCCUUGUAUUGUUUUCCUGCCUACUACUAAAUAAGAUUUUCAUUUUAUUCUGUGCUUUCAAAUGAAAACUUUCUUACUUGAAUGCCUUUCGUUGUCUGAUUCUGUCUCUUAAUUCUGACUGCUGACUACCUGCAUUUCCUCUCAAUCUGUUUUGUCAGCUGGACAAGUUUGUCUGCAACUACCUCCCUCCUCAUUCAUCCUGAAGGCUUCUUCCAGUCCUCACAUAGUAGUUCCAAUUGUCUAAUUUUAAGGUGGGUUUGAGCUUCCAUUCAUUCUUAAGUUGAACUUGUCCCAAACCAGCUGUGACAUUAGGUCUCCUUAGCUCAAUAGCCAGAAUUAAAGUGGUUUUUUAUGGCAAUAGAUAAACUUUUUAUAGUUAUACAAAGUUACUCCAGCUUGAACACUUUCUAGGCUUGUCUACAUAACACUUGGAAGAGAGGAUAGCACUGUGUAGAAUGGCAGUAACUUCGAACUUCAUCCAUCUUUUGGGCAUGAGAAUGCAUAAACAGAAGUUUCCAGCUAAUUGUUAGAUUAUGCUGCAUGGGUACACCACUUGAAUACUGAGAAUGAAUAAAGGUGGUGUUUCGGCACUUCAAAUAAACUUAAGUUCAGUGACCGAACUGCCCUGUAACAGUACAUGCUGCAUAUCUGGGCCAAUGAGGACGUCCCCAUCAUCACCUUCAUGUUGGCUUUGGAGAAGGCACGUAUGAUUCCUACCCUAGUGUUGCAGAACUGCUCUGUAACUCAAAUCGGUGACCUAGGAUGUGCUUUUAACAAACAAAACUAAACAACCCCACAACAAUACACCAUCCCAGAAACCCCAUUGAACUAAACUUCACCAGUUUUACGUAUCCUGUAGGUCCUGAGCAUUUGAAGUUGGACUGCUUUAAAGGUCAUUGGCUCUUCUGCUUUGCAUAAACAAAUUUCCAUUGUGGGCUAUCAGAACAAUUUAGAAUAAACAAAGCUGCUUGUUUGUAUCAUCCCUCCAUGCACUCCCUGCUCCAGCUCUUUUUCCCUGUUGCUGAUGGAAAGGAAGGGCUUCCGCCAAACCUGUGUGCCAGCUGGAAUUAGUGGCCAAUUUAUAUGUGGCUAGCCUGUGGGUGAAUGGGAGAGGUCAGGCUCAUGUGUCUGUGUGAGAAGCUGGUUAGCUUACUGGGAGCAUGAAAUGGGAGCUGUCAAAAGAAAUCUCUUCACUGGUCUUUGAUGUGCAGUGAGUUAUUAUUUUUGACGUCGGUUUUGUAUCCUCUGGGCCUGUGUUAAACUUGGAUCACAGGGUUGCAGUAAGCUCAAAUUAAUCUAAAGCUCUGCUAGUCUUCCCCUCCCUUACUGUAUGAUGAGUAGCUUUUCUAAGACUUACCUGUUGCCUGGAAGAGUGUAUUUUUACGUACUUUACAGUAGCUUACUUUUGGAGGCAAUGGCUCCUUCCUUUCUGUGGUACCAAAGUAUUGGUGGAGGGCCUGAGACAACAGAAGACUCUAUACAAAUGUAAAAUGCAGUAAUGGAUUCAAAACUGACCCUCCAGUUCUGUGGAAAAUACAAUAUAUGGAGAAACUUUUAAGCCUUUGGGAGACUGUCAGUGUAGAUAAUUU